AUGACGUCAUUCCCUCCUAGUAGCGCCGUCCAGUCGUCCCUCCUCGUCCCCCCGCGCCUUGCCCUCAUCGCCGUCCUCGCGCACAUUGCCCUCCUCCGCCAGGCGGAGGCCUACACCGCCCCGCCGACCGCCGACGGUUGCGUCGCGGAGAUAGCGGAGGUCGACCAGGAGGCCAUGCGCGCGGUGUACGCGGCGCUGCCCGAGAGGAUGUUCUUCUGGCACGACGGCAUGUCGCCGCUCGGGAUGUUGGACGAGCACGGCAAUGUCACGUACUGCUGCGUCAUGCCCCGCCCCACGCGGGACGGGUCGUCCUGGUGCUACCUCUCGUGCCCGCUCGAGUGCACACCCGGCGGCCGCAUCACGCGCAUCUACUCUGAUCCGAGCGGCGAGGACAUGCCCGGCGGGAGUUGCCCGCCCGGCGCGCUGUCGCCCGCCAUUGGCGAUCUCGCGGAGCUCUCCGCGCUGGUCUUCCGCCACUCGUGCCUCGCCGGCGACUUGCCGGACUCCGUCACGCGCCUCCAGAAGCUGACGAUUUUUGAAAUGCCCGAAAACAUUUUCUCCGGGCCCAUUCCGCCAGGCCUCUUCCGCCUGCCCGCGCUCCGCCUCGUGGAUCUGAGCACACUCAAUGAAUACCGGGAACUUCAGCCUCAACCUCAAUAUAAAGGCCUUUCAGGGUCCCUUCCCGACGGGCCCGACGCGUACUCCCCGUCGCUGGAAACGGUAAUCCUAUCCGGCAACGCGCUCUCGGGGGAGCUUCCGCGCGCCCUUCUCCGCGCGCCUGCGCUGCGCCGGUUGGACCUGCAGAGCAACAAUUUCACGGGGGAACUCCCGGGGGGAACGGGCGCGUAUUCGCGGAGCAUUACCGCGCUCAUCCUGCGCAACAACAGCCUUUCCGGCGCCAUUCCGCCCGCGCUGGCGGAGAUGACGGCGCUGCAGAAACUCGACCUGGGGGGGAACCGUCUGUCCGGCGCGGUGCCCGCGGCGCUGCGUGAUUCCGAGUCGCUCAAGGCGCUCGACGAGGUGCGGCUCGACAACAACGCGCUCACCGGGCCGUUCUGCGACGCGCUGCUGCCGGCGCGCGAGCUCUGGCUGGGCUUCAACGACCUGGGCGGCGCGACCGCCGGGAGCAGCGCCAGCGGCGGCGGCGGCGGCGGUGGGAGAGGUGAGGAGGAGGAGGGGGGCUCUCUGCACGGCUGCGUGCUUUCCGCGAAUCUAGAGAUGCUCAGCGCGCCGCACGCGGGCCUCCGGGGAAGCGUUCCGCCCGAAAUGUUCCUCGCGACGAACUCGCAGACAGGGCGGAGGCUCCCUUUAUUUAAGAGUAUCCAGAUGGACCUAAGCCACAACAGCCUCUCGGGCAGCCUGAAAGCUUUCACGGCGAAUCCGUCGUGGUACGACUUGGACCUGUCGCACAACAACUUCUCCGGCGGUAUUCCCGAGGUGUUUUUCAGGGACUACUCGCGCGCGGACCUGCGGUUUAACGAUCUCAGGGGUCCGCUGUACGACGCGCGCCGGGAUUCGCAGAGCUGCGACUGGGACGUGCUGCGCGUGAGCAACAACAGCGCGCGCAUGGUGGGCGAUGUGGGCGCGGGGUACCUCCCCGCGCCGGCGCCUGGCGUGCAGGCGUCCGCUGCGGAGACUGCUGCGCUGCUGGCAGUGCGAGAUGCGCUCCUGGGGGAAGCCGGCUUGCCUGGCGGCAGCUCGAGUAGCAGCGCGAGUGGGAGUCUGUCGGAGGCGGUGGGGCAGCUGACGCAGCUCACCUCGCUGCGCAUCUCCGGGCACGUCCUCUCCGGCGGCCUGCCACCGUCCCUCUCACGCCUCUCUCACCUCGUCGCUCUCGACCUCUCCUCCAACCGCCACCUCUCCGGCUCCAUCCCCCCAGCCCUCCUCACUCUCCCCUCGCUGCAAGAGCUCUCCCUCCGCGGGAACAACCUCACGGGAAAGGUCCUCCCAACCACCACUGCAGCAACAGCAGCAGCGGCAGCGCCGCUGUCACCGAGCUUGGAGAUUCUAGACGUGGGGGGAAACGCUCUCUCGGGGUCCAUUCCAGCUGCCGUGAGUCUUCUGACGGGGCUGACGCGCCUGGCGCUGGACCAGAACCGGCUGGACGGCAGCUUGCCAAGGGAGCUCGGCGCGCUCUGGAUGCUCCGAGACCUGCAGCUGCAGGGGAACGCCCUCCAGGGGGACGUCUCUGCACUCGCUGCUGCCUUCCCUGCUCCCCCUUCUGCUCUUGCCGACCCUACUGCCUCCAGUGCGCCUGUCUUGUGGGGUCUCCGCGGGGUGUUUCCGCUGCUGACCCGUCUGGACGUCAGCAGCAACCAGCUCUCGGGCGACGCAGCCACGCUCUCCCCUCUCCAGCAACACUUCCACACACUCAACGUCUCACACAACCGCCUCAUGUGCGGCCCCGGCAACGCCUCCUGGAACGCCGACUACCUGGACCUCUCACACAACAGCAUUAGCGCCCCGCUGCAAAGCUUAUUCCGGUUCUGGGACAGCCUCCAGUCGAGGGUGCUGCGCCUGUCACACAACCAGCUCUCGGGACCCAUCCCUGCCACACUCCUGCGAGACAAAGUGCAAGGAGAGCUGGACCUCUCCCACAACCUGCUCACGGGUUCAAUUCCUGCCAUCGAAAAUUUAUUCUCCAUGAAGACGCUCGACCUGUCAUACAACCAGCUGUCUGGCACCAUUCCCGACCUGGAUGGCUCCCUGGAAAAAUGUGACUUGUCCCACAACCGGCCCACCGGGGAGGUCCCCCCGCCGCCAUUUGCAAUGGAACAUCUGAACGCGAGUUGGAACAAGCUUGAUGGGAUGGCUCUAUGGCAUUAUCAUGAGGGCAGGGGGUUAAAAAGCCUGGACGUGUCUCACAAUGCUAUGGCGGGAAAUCUGCCAGCCUUGGGUUACAGUGAUGGGCUCAUGAGCCUGACCUAUCUGGACCUCUCCUACAAUGCGUUCAAUGGCACUCUUGCGCAACAGACCUACCUGUUUUUGGAGCGAACGACAGGCUCUCCAGAAAGUGUGGAGCGUGCGUGCGGGGUAGAGGUUCGACUGGGCCACAAUAAGCUCACUGGAAGCAUCUCAAGUUUUGUCUUCUCCUCGUGCCUCUCGCUGCUCGACCUCUCCCACAACCAGUUCUCUGGCCCCAUCCCAGACCCUUCCCAGGGGAGCAACCAGAGCUCCUCCCUCGUCCCCCUCGCCUACUUGGACCUCUCUUCCAACAAACUCACAGGAACCAUCUCUGAUGCUCUCCUCUCCGGCCUCACAGCCCUAUCCCACUUGGAUCUCUCAGACAACCUUCUAUCAGGCUCGCUGCCCCGCUCGCUCGCUCUUGCCCCCAUGCUCACCCAUCUGGACCUCUCACGCAACAAGCUCAAAGGCUCCCUGCCUGCCUUCUGCCAGGGCAAGCAGCGCCUCGCCUCUCUCCUCCUCUCCUCCAACGCUUUCUCCGGCCCCCUCUCCUCCCUCCUCCCCUCCUCCCCCUCCUGCGCCUCCUCCCUCCUCUCCCUCAACGUCUCCACCAACCAGCUCUCCGGCUCGUUCCCCUCGUCCCUCUCGCGCUUCACCGCUCUGCACUCCUUGCUAGCGGCGCGCAACCGUAUGAGCGGCAGCAUCCCUGCAGGGCUGGCAUCGCUGACGGCCCUGCAUGAGCUGGACGUGUCGUGGAGCGGGCUGUCAGGCACCAUCCCUGCGCUGCUGCGCGCUGCUGCCCCCUCCCUGCAAGUGCACCUCGCUGGCAACGCCCUCUCUAGCUCCGUCCCCCGCUCUCUCUCCAACCUGCCCACCUCCUGCUUCCGCCCCGGCAACCCCAAGCUCUGUGGGAAGCCCCUGCCUGACUGCAAGAAGCGCUCCUCCAAGCCCACGAAGGGCCGGGGGUAG